AUGUCCAGAAGCUAUCGACUGAUGUGCGUCUCUCAAGUGGCUAAUUCUGACCACGAGGUGCACGAUAUGAUGUCUCGCAAGAAGUUACAAGACUGUGGUAUCAGCAAGGACGCCACCAUCUGCAAGGCGCAGGGCCCCCUUGGAAGGGCCGUCCUUGUCUCUGUGUCUCACACUGGUGAGCAUGUCGAUGUGUAUGCUGCUUGUUCGAUAGCAAGUUCCGGAAAGAGCCUCCCACAUAUCCCAAGGCGCCCAACACAAUAUCCUGCCGAGAUGCCCACCAUGUCGAGUCCCGACUCCAACUCCCCAUCCCCCUCCGGCGGGCCCUCGGCAACGGAUCUGAUCAUGUAUAUCGGCAUGCCCCUUGCGAUACUGGGUAUCUUGCCGCUCGGUCCAGGAUCAAGCGCAUGCUGCGGUAUAGCCGACUGA